AUGAAGUCACAAGAAGACCAAGAACACAUUGAAGAACUCCAAGGCGAUGUUAAGAGAGGAAAGGAAGACUUGAGCAAGUUAACCACUGAGUACAAGAAAUUUGAAGCUGAUAAUCAAAAACUUCAAGACAGAAUUACCGAGCACAAAGCGACUGUUGCUAAAAAGGAUAGUGUCAUCACUGAGUUGAACAAAAACAUUGAAAAUAAGGAAGGCGAAAUUUCCGAUUUGAAAAAGAAGCUAGUUGCCGAAGAAGACAAUUCAAAGGAUCUCGAGACACAAUUGCACGUAAAUGAAGACGAUAUUGCUGAUUUGGAGAAACAAGUCAAGAUCUUGCAAAACACCAUUUCUGAUGUCAACGCACAGAAUGAAGACUCCGGAGCUAAGGUCUCAGACGAGAGAGAUGGGUAUAACCAACAAUUGCAAGCAGGGAAGACCAAGACUGCUGCUUUGACCUCAGCAAAGAAUGCAAAUGAUAAAAAGAUUUCUGCUUUAAACUCGGAGAAAGACGAAUUAGAAGAUAAGAACAGAAAACUUGAUUCUUCCAAUAAAGAUGCUCAGAGAAAAAUUGCUGAGUUGACAAAGAGAAUUGAAAACGAACUGAAUGAUUCUGAUAUGUUGAAAGCACAGAAGGCCGACUACGAAGCUUAA